AUGUCGUUCAACCCGCGCAUGUCCAUCAUCCCGCCCAACCAGCACCGGGCGGGGCGGCAGAAAGAGGCACCAGAGCUGCUGGUACGACUGACGGACAAGGAGAUCGUAGCGUGUGUGGCCGACAUGGGGAUCCCGUUCACGGUGGCAGACCUGCAGAAGCCGAAUCCGCUGCUGGUGCAGAAGAUCUUUGAGUGGUUUGCGGAGGAGCUGCUGAACGUGACGCGCGAGACGGUGGAGCCGGCGAUGCGGGCGGCAGCCGAGGAGGUGUGCGGCACGGACUAUGGCGAUGCGCUGAUGCCGCCGGAUACCCGCUGUCUGAUGGGCUUCUGCGCGUCGCUGCGCGUGCUGCUAGACGAGUGCUGCGUGCGCGACUUUGGCUUUGCAGACCUGUACCGGCCGACAUACGAGCGGCUAGUCAAGAUUCUGAGCUACCUGAUCAACUUUGUGCGCUUCCGCGAGGGCCAGGGACACAUUGUCGAGCAGCACGCCGGCCGCGGCAGCGUGGCGCGGGCGCGGGCCGAGCAGCUCUACAGCGACAACCAGGGCCUGGAGGAGAAGCUGGCGGCGAUGCAGCGACGGCGGCAGGCGGCGGAGGCGCAGGUGCGCGACAAGAUGCAGCGCAACGACGAGCUGAAGCGGCGGCUGGUCGAGCUGCAGCGCAGCCAAAAGCAGGUGGGCGCACGUUUGGACGAAGCACGUGACCGAAAAAAGCAGCUGGUCGACCAGCUCGAGACGCGCACGCAAACGCGGCUGGUCCUGCGCCAGGACAGCGCCAAGCUGCAGCCGUACGUGUUGCAGAGCCCGUCGACGCUGCAGACGGUGCUGGCAGACCUCUCGGCCACGCUGGCCGCCAACCGCGCCCAUUUGGAGGCGCUCGAGCGGCGGGCCCGCGCGCUGCAGACGUCGGCCGACUCGUUUGGCGUCGUUACGGCCGACGUAGCCGCCUGUAUUCGACUGUUGGAAGAGAUCGGCACCGAGCUCGCGCGCGAGGACGACGACAACGCCAAAAAGUCCCGCCAGCGCGACGCCCUCACCGAACGUGGCGCCGACGUCAAGGAGGUCGAGCGCGCCGAGACUAUGCUGCAGAAGCAGCUCGCCAAGUGGAACGAGCGCACCGACCGGUUGCGUGAGCUCAGCGCCGCCAAGGCCGCUGAGGCCCGCGACAAGAUGGAAGAUCUCAAGGCCGUCCACCGCACCCUCAACGAAGAGCGCGCCGAAAAGGGCCGUGACAUGGAGAAGCGCCGCGUCCGCAUCGAGCAGACCGAGAAGAAGAUGCUCGACCUCAAGGAGAACAUUGAGAACGAGGUCCACAACGCCUACGACGAGUAUCUCAAGAUGGAGUCGCAUAUCAAGCUGUACAUCACCGAGAUGGAGCAGGCCAUCUGA